AUGGCAGAUUUUUGGAAACCUACAGCAGAUUUGUAUAGUGCUCUAUUCGAAAAGCCAAAAAUGUCAUAAAAGUUACUUGAAAAGCCUCCAUUCAAAUACAUAUUUGAUAUCAUUAUGGAGACAACUAAAUAAACAGGUUUCAAAUUUAAAUUUACAUUAGGCUAUGGUAAAGGACUCUAUACUGGAGAUGAAUUGGAUGGAAACACAUAUGAUAAUAAGGACAAGAAGCUUUAAUUUCUAUAAAAGAUCAUAGAUUUGACAUCCAUGAUGUUGAAGGAGGAAAUUGCUGCAAAACCUGGUAAAAUAGCAGCAGGUUUAGAACCUGAAAAUACUAAUUUAUUAUUAUAAGCAAUUUACAGAGCAGCUGUUAGUGGUAAAAAUAGUGACCCUUUUGUUAAGAAAGUACUACUGUUUUAUAAUCUUAUUAUAGAUUUUAGGAGGAGCAGGAGCCAAAGACCCAGAACCUCCUAAAAAGGAAUAGCCUAAGGCAGAAAAAGUUCAACAGCCACCUCCUAAAGAAUAGGCUGCACCUCAAGUCAAGGAGGAAAAGAAAGUUGCUCCUCCAAAAGAAGAAUAAAAGCCAAAAUAAUAACCCUAAUAACCUCCUCCUUAAUAGCCAAAGGAAACUCAAAAAUAAUAAUAACAACCUCCUCCUUAAUAGCAGUAGACUCAAGAGGGAAAUGUCCGACCUUCAACAGCCAAAAAGAGACCACCUUAAUUGCCCACUAAUCAAGUUGCAGUUGACCAGAAUUAGAAGAAGGGAGGCACAGCAAAUGUAAUUAUAGAGGGGAAAGGAAAUAACGAUGAGGACGAUGGCAUAAUAGUUUAAAGUAAUGUGAAGCCAAAUGCUGAUAUUAAUGCACAAGAAUAUGGGAAAUUCGUAAGAGAUAAUAUGAAGAAUUAAGAUAAGGGCAAAGAAGAGGAAAAAGAAAAGGGUCAACCUUAAGAAGGAAUUAUACUGAAGAGGAUAGGAAAGGCCAAUGUUCAAAAAGGUAUUCACUUGAAUUUAUGAGUAGAUAAAAUCAAGGAAGAAAUUGCUUAAAAUUUAGGCACCUCCUAAGUCUCUGAUACAAUAGUGAUGCAAAAACUGAUCCAAUCUAUGAGUUAGAACGUGAAUCCUUUGGCUAAAUAAAUUGAAUUUAUUCAGGAUGAUAUUGAGAAUAUGAAUAGAGAGUUGCAAUAAUGGAGGAAGAUCUACAAUGUUUCUAAACAAAAGAUGGUGGAUAUGAAUAGAGCAACUGAAGAAGUAAGUGUGAUUCAUUUACAUUUUAGGCAUAAUAACCAUUAUAUGAUAAAAUUGCAGACGUUGAAGAAGUUAUAAAGGAGAAAAAGUCUAAAAUUCAAAAUAUCAAAGCUCAAAUUAUAAAAAAUAAAUUAUAAAUAGACUAAUUGCUUAAAGCAGUUUUAGUAUAAAAAUGAGAACAAGUUAUAC